AUGUACGCUAUAAAAAUGGUAAUGAAGGCGGAUAAAUGCGAUCAGGAUUGCGAAUAUUCCGAUGACAGUUGUCCCAAUGUCUGUGAGCGCAAAGAAUGUCCGGAGACCUGCUCCUCCAACAAGAAAUAUGGAUGCCAGAAUCAGAAGUUCCGAGGUUAUGGCAUUGGAAAAAUCAAGAAAUCCAAAGAUGGCAAGGAAGCGGAACCAACCAAGCCAAUCGUGGAGAUAAGAGAGACCGGAGGCAAAGGAAAGGGGUUGUAUGCCACUAAAUGUAUGGAAGCUGGAUCGUUUGUGAUCCCUUUUACGGGAGAAUAUGUUUCGGAAGCCGAGAAGGUCAAAAGAUUCGAAUUAUAUGAAGCAAAGAUGGUGGACACUUACGUCUUGGAUUCUGGGUGUCACUUCAUCGACGCCACGGUCUCUGGAAACCAGGCGCAGUACAUCAACCAUUCAUGCGAUCCAAACCUCAUCGCUGAGAAGUGGAAACUCCACGCCAUGCCUAAGAAUGUGAACUUUAUUGCCUUCAUUGCUAUCAAGAAUAUCAACGAGGGAGACGAGCUGACCUUCAAUUACAGAUUCUCUAGGGAUGAUUCGUGUAAUAUCGAGUGCAAGUGUGGAAGCUGGAAUUGCAGUGGAUUGGUUGGCAAGAAAGAGAAUGUCCGGACAGAUAGAGAAGUCAAGAAGAAUGGAUCCAAGAAGAGGAAGAUAAUGGAGGUUGACGUUGAGGUUGAUUUGAAGAAGACGGUCAAGAAGAGAAGAUGCUGA